CCACGAUCCCAACAACAUUAAACAGCCUCUUCCGAUCUGCCUAAUUACCGAAGGUGGGGGUCCAGCUGCUGACGGGGUAGUUAGGUACACCUCCGUUAGAGAUGUCAAUGAGCUAGAGUCUGCUGAUUACAAGCAGCUGAACGACUCGAUAUCUUCAAAAACAAGCGGCAUAGACAUGGAUAAGAAGGAGGCGAGCAAAGAUAUGAUAAUAAUAUCCAGUGAUGCACAUGGUCCCAGUAAGACAGCAGCUCCGAGCGACAAAAGCCUGAAACAACCGCCAUCCAAGACUGAAAACAGCUCGACGAGCAAGCAGACGAAAGAAGAAAUCAAAGACAUCCUGAGAAACCACACCACCCCGUCAAUAUCUCUCUCUCCACAGCAGCAGCAGCAACUUCACUCUCUCCCCUCUUCAUCAUCUUCCUCUUCUCAAACCAGGACAACCGCGAUCACAGUUUUGCCUAACUCUAGAAAAUCCGGAUCUCCACAGCUGCGUGGAGACCAAUUUAACAGGAAGAACAUCAUCAGAGCCACCUUUCACGUCAAGGGGAAUAACAAGGGCAGCCCUCCUGCCGUCGGGGGUGAUGUAGUAGGGGGUAAUGUGGCUGGGGAGGGUUCCGGGUUUCCGGAGCCGGCUAUCCUUUCCAGAGCGAACAGGGUCUCGUUUUUUGAUAAGCUGACUUCAAAGUUUAAUAGGGAGUUAGUUGUGUUGAGUUGUGUCAGAUGGUGUGGGGUCUGUGGAGGUGGGAGUGGAGUUUGA